ACGGGGUCCGAGCACCUGCAAGGAUAUAUUGAAUGUAACGUGGUAAGCCCUAAUGCAGUACGUCCCACGAGGGGGUCGGGGCCAAAAGGAAAUGAACGCUGGCCACACAUCUCACCCUCCCUUGCUGGGAUACGCGGUUUUCCGGUAUGCGGAUAAAUUGGCCCCCGUUUUCUGCAGAAAAUUAAGUUGCUGAUCGACUGAGGGAGGUGGACGAAUGUUAUCUCUGGCACGAGCCCUCGCACCGGUAAGACUGCUGCGGCCUAAAGCAGAGGCGAGGGGACAAAUUCCCGCCCAUGACAUUCAGGAGGGAGCCGACGUCAGGCUUACUUACAUAGACGAUGAUCUUCCUUCCCUGCCAUUUUAUUGCUCCUGAUUCUUCAUGUAAGACGUUAUUACAGACGGGCAGCCUCGCAGCAGGCCUCGCAUAGUGAAAAAAUGGCGCGGACUUACGCCACGCCGGCGGCGGUCAUUGUCAUCAGCACCGUGUUUCCUGCCUUGGGGAUUAUCGUGGUUUUCCUGCGAUUCUACACGCGAAUUAAGCUUGGAUCAUCGUCCAUGCUGUGGGUUGAUGACUGGCUGACGAUACCGGCAUUGAUAUUCGAACUGAUCCUAGCAGCACUAUUGAUCUGGGGAGCGGCGACAAAAUCCCUAGGGGACGUCCUCCCUCCACCGAGUGUUCCCGGUCCAAAUGGAUAUCUCUUCUCCACGUCGCCGCGACAGAUCAGACUCCAGCAGAUACAAUACUUCGCCGACAUUGCGGCCAUCCUCGCUUUCGGAUUCAUCAAGCUCAGCAUCCUCUUCUUCUACCGCAAGAUCUUCUGUAGUCCCGGAAUCAGCAAAACGCUCUUCGAUAUCAUCACGUGGGUUGUCAUCGUUCUGGUGAUGGUCUGGACGACGGCAUUCGGCUUCGGGGCGAUCUUUCUCUGUGGGGCUCAUCCGGCCAACGCAUGGGAGCCGGUGGCUGUAGUGGCCGAGAAGUGCAGUGCGCAAUUGCUGCUCCUGGAAGGGUACGCGAUCUCGGAUUUCAUCAUGGAUUUCCUGAUAUGGUCGCUGCCCAUUCCCAAGAUCCUCUCCCUAAACAUGACCAUGCAACAAAAAAUCGCAGUAAUGGCCGUCUUCCUCAUCGGUCUCCUCGCAACAGCUGCCUCCGCGACCCGAAUGGGGAUCUAUAUCAGAUACGUAGUGAACGCAUUCGCCCAAUCAGACGGAGAAACCCUAAUCACCUACCUCUUAUUCUGGACCAUGAUCGAAUGCGGCCUCGGCGUCAUCGUCAUCAGUCUACCCUCCCUGCGCCCACUGUACGGCGCCUUCCUCAUGAACUCGAUCCUAAGCGGCAUCCGCAGCAUGUGGUCGAUGCGACCCUUGAAGAAACGCUGGUCUCAGGAUUCCGGCGAUGUAGGCCUCUACAACCUGCGGUCAGUGAACUCGAACUCCCUUCAUUCGAACUUCCAUGCUGGUAAAUAUGAUGGCAACAGGAAUACAUAUACGGUGGAAGCGGUGCACGGCUCUGUCCGCUCGUAUGACGGGCCGCAAUCGGGUAUUCAUGUUAAACAUGAGAUUGAGCAAUACUAGCCUUUCUUUGAUCCUGGGCUGUUUGGGGAACACCCUAUUUUUCUUUUUUUCUUGUUCUUUUUUCUUUUUUCUUGUAUCAUAUUUGUAUAUGAACUGGUAUCCCGCUCGCUUAUUAGCAUUUCUUUUGUCUAGCUGAACUGUCCAAAAUGUGGGAUCCUGGCUCUAGUAAGUCUAGUGGAGGGGAAACCGUUCUGCUCCGAGCAAAAAUGCAUCCAAGGGAUGCCAAGGCAACCGACAACAAUUGGCGUUCUCUGCAUGCAAGGGAUUCCGGCCUGGGCCAGUCACACGGCGUAAAAAUGAGGGCUUACUUUCUCAUCUGCUGCCAGAGACUAAAAGUACCGUGGCGCAUGGUUCAAUCAGGAUACUGGUGACAUAGCCAAUGACAGCGACACCGUGUCCCAUUGCCAAUUCCUCGAUGCGGAAAGGAUCA